UAAACCCCAAAAAAAAAAAAUAAUAAUAAUAAUAAAAAUGAACUCAGUGUUCAAGCCAAGAAAAACAAAGAUAUUUGUCUUUGGUUUCAUGUUUGUAUCCAUUGCUUGCACUGCAUAUCCAUGGAUCAAUAACUUCUUCACUUCCUCUUCUUCUUCCUCUAUUCACUAUAGAUCUCAAUUUUCCUCCAUUUUUUCCUAUAUUUUCCCCAAUUCUUCUCUGGUUUCAACUGUUGGUAGUUCUGGAAGUGGACUUACAGUUGAUUUCAAGCAAAAAGAUGGCAUCUUGGUGAAGAAUCUAGGAAAAAAGAGUGCUGAUAAUAAGAAAGGUGGCAGCUUGAAUGAAAGAAACAUGAAUGGAAGUGGAGUUACAGUGAAUUUGAUUAAGAGUUUGAUUGAAUGUGAUUUAUUUCAAGGAAAAUGGGUGAAGGAUGAAUCAUAUCCAUUAUACAUUGAAGGAUCAUGUCCUCACAUUUAUGAAGCUUUUAAUUGUUUUCUCAAUGGAAGGCUUGAUAAAUCUUAUCAGAAACUCAGAUGGCAGCCUAAUGAAUGCAACAUCCCAAGAUUGAAUGGGAGUGAUAUGUUGGAGAGAUUGAGAGAUAAAAGACUUGCUUUCGUCGGUGAUUCACUUAAUAGAAACAUGUGGGAGUCUCUUGUUUGUGUGUUGAGGAACUCUGUUAAAGAUAAAAAUAAUGUGGUUGAGAUAUCGGGAAGGCGGGAAUUCAAGACUGAAGGUUUUUAUUCUUUCUUGUUUAAGGAUUAUGGUUGCAAGAUCGAGUUCUUUCAAUCGCCGUUUCUAGUUCAAGAGUGGGAGAUGGUAGAUAACAAUGGACAUAAGAAGGAAACUCUUCGACUCGAUAUAAUUGAGAGUUCUUUGUCGAAGUUUAAGGAUGCUGAUGUGAUUGUAUUCAAUACAGGACAUUGGUGGACUCAUGAGAAAACUUCCAAAGGGAAAGAUUAUUACCAAGAAGGCAACCAUGUGUACAAUGAGCUAAAUGUCGUCGAAGCAUUUCAUAGAGCUCUUAAUACAUGGGCUAAAUGGGUGGAUGCCAAUGUAAACCCGAAGAAAACUCUCGUCUUCUUUAUGGGUUAUUCGGCCUCUCACUUUAGUGGUGGGCAAUGGAAUUCCGGUGGGGCUUGCGAUAAUGAAACAGAACCAAUCAAGAAUGAGACAUAUCUUUCAUCUUAUCCAUGGAAAAUGAAUGUUCUUGAGACAAUACUCAAAGGGAUGAAAACCCGGAUUUCUUACUUAAACAUUACAAGAAUGACUGAUUAUAGGAAAGAUGCACACCCUUCUGUUUAUCGGAAACAAAACCUCACUGAAACGGAGAAAAGAUCGCCGGAGAGGUAUCAAGAUUGCAGUCAUUGGUGCUUGCCCGGAGUGCCUGAUUCUUGGAAUGAAUUACUAUAUGUGCAGUUAUUGAUCCAACAACAUUGAUCAAACCAUAUGAAUGUGAUUGUGUAUAGUAUUUAUUGUAUUAAAGAAAAAUAAAAACCGAGGAUUCGAUGAAAGUUUACUGUAAAAAGAAAGAAAUGUGUGAGUUUCUGAAAGUUUAAGUGAUGUUUGAUUAAAUAGAGUGCUCUUUCAGCAAUAAUUACUUCUUUGAA